AUGUUUUUUUAUUUAAAAGCAAAUCAUAAACCAGUCUCAUCGCACAUCUACGUGGUACCGCCGUCAGGUGUGUCGUUUGUGAUCUCGACAGGGUCGUGGUAUCUGCAAAAGGGAUCGCUCUACGGAAUCAGCGUAUCAUUGUUGGAUUCGGACGAUAACAUUAUGCUCAUACCUGAGAAUGCUCGUUUUGAAACAACAGUUCCUGAGGAAUAUUUCGAAAUUUUGGAGCACUCUUCAAACAACACAUACUUCUACGUGAAGGCAAUCAAGAGUGGGAUGGCAACAAUACGGUCGACAUUUUUAUCUGUCAUUGAUGAGGACGGUCAUGGAAUCAGUGGUUUGGGUGAAGUGAACGGUGAAAAAAUGGCAACAAUAUCGGACGCAGUGGAGAUAUGGCCGAAAUCGAUUAUAUUCGCGUAUGAUAGUGAGUUGAGUGAGCAGCAGUCGUGGACUGUUGAGGUUGGUCUUUGUUGGAAGUUUUGUUUUUGA